UACCGUUCCUUGCGCGGGCUCCUUCACUAUACUUCGUGUUCUUUCUCUCUCAGUUGUACGAUCGCCUAGCACUAUCGGCAGGGCGGAGUCGCGGAAUGCGCUGUCCGUAGGUCUGUACCCGUCCGUAACCGUGUUUCGGUGCUUGAGGUCAACUACCGAGCAGCUCUAUGGUGACGACUGUCGCACCGUAGACGGCCGCCGCAGCCGCCGCCGCUGAUAAUAACCAGUUUUACUAACAUUUACUCGAUAUUUCCCUUUUUGUUUCGUUGGCCAUUCGUUCGUGCGUCGUCUUCAUUUUUUCGAAUAUUUGAAUUUCUUUUCUUUCGUUUCGUUUCAUCGACUACGGUUCUAAGUCUAGGACGUUUUCAUUUUGCUCGUAGCCCACGAAUAUCAGACCUUCGACGUUAUUAUGUACAACUGGCGUAUAACCAGCAAUUUAUCUUAUGAAUCGUAAAGCAAUGAAAGAAAUGUUGGGUAACUGUAGUGUAUGUAGUGAAGAUAAAGCGUUUGACGAUAACCCUUUAGUAUACUGUGAUGGUCGAAAUUGCAAUGUAGCUGUACACAAAGCUUGCUAUGGAAUUCGUGUAGUACCAAAAGGAUCGUGGUACUGUAAUAAGUGUGUGGCUCUUAAAAAAAAUCCAAGUGCUAAAGUCAUAUGUGAAUUAUGUCCAUCUAAAGAUGGCGCGCUUAAGCCAACAGAAAAUGGGAAUUGGGCUCAUGUUGUAUGUGCUUUGUUUAUUCCUGAAGUGACUUUUAUAGAUGUUCACAUAAUGGAACCAAUAAAGUUAAGCGAAAUACCUCCUGAUAGGUUUAAAAAGAUUUGCUAUAUUUGUGAAGAAAAGAAUAGAGAACCUAAGGUCUCAGUUUAUGGAGCUUGCAUGACUUGUAAAAAAGGAGGUUGUAAAUUAGGAUUCCAUGUAACUUGUGCACAAAAUGUUGGAUUGUUGUGCGAAGAAGCAGGAAACCACGGGCGUAAUGUUCAGUAUGUCGGAUAUUGUAAACAUCAUUAUUCAAAACUUAAGAAGAAUAACAAUGUAAAAAUAAAGCACAUUGCUCCAUACCGACCUCAGAAUGCAUCUGAAAUAUCAUUAGAUGAAUUUACUCAUGAAAACAUUGACAAUGACGGUCAAGCCAAAUCAAAAAAAAAAUUGACAUCAUUUAAUACUUAUGAAGAAUCCAAAGACAAACCACAAAGUACUCCUCCAAACCAUUCUCAAGCUUCGACUCGUCAAUUAAAAGGUAAAAUGGAAAGUGUGUCAGUGGGCAGUAUUAAACAGUAUCCCAACGAUACAGAAUCUGAAAAAGAGAUUAAGUGUGAAAAUAUUGAUAAUUCAAUGGAAUUUUGUAUGGUCAAUGAUGGAUUACAGUCUGAUGGUUUAAAAAUUAUUGAAGAACCAAAUUUAUCUUGUAUGGAUCCUAAUAUCCCUCCAAUAAACAUGACAAAUACAUGGAUUAAAGACCCAAACAUGAUGAAUGUAUCCAACUCAAUCACUGCUAAAAAUAAAGAUGCAAACGACCAAAAGUAUUUUGAAUCCAGUAUUGAUGCUCCGCAUAUGUUGGGAAAUGCCUUAAAUCCAAAUUCCACUAUGGCUCAACAAAUGACUGAUACAUUAAAUGAAGAAAUUAAGACACACAAGCAGUUCAAUGAAAAUAAUAUACCAACAAAUCGACCACCGUUGUUAAUGGGUCCCCAGUUAUAUCGACAUGUUCAAAAGCCUCCUACUGAUGCUCCCCAGUCAAAUGCUUCUGGUCCAGAAUGGUUUACUAAUGGGAUUGGAAAUAGUUCCCAAAGUUUAGAAGAUCUACUCGAACGGCAAUGGGAACAAGGAGGUUCAUUGUUAAUGGAACAAGCACAACAUUUUGACGUAGCAUCAUUACUAUCAUGUUUGUAUCAGCUGAAAAAUGAAAACAUAGACUUAGAAAAAGAAUUGGCUACAUUUACUAGACGCAGAGAUCAUUUAUUAGCUGUUAAUGCUAGACUAGCUAUUCCAUUGGUUCCGCAAAAUAUGAUGAAUCAAGUUGCACCAGCUCCUCCUAAUCACGUCGAAACAUCAUUGCCCCCCAGGUCUAACUAUUUACCGUCCAUGGAUAAUCAGAUUCUCCAGCAACAUAGGUAUCACCAAAAUUAUGCUAUACCUGCUUCCAGACAUCCGCAGCAACACCAACGCUAUUCGCCUAAUCUUGCAGCUCAGUCACAAGUUAUUGUUAGAGGAGGUAUUGGACAGGAAACAUGGAAUCAACAUAAUAGAAGUCAUAACCAAACAUCAAAUCCAAUGUAUCAAACAAUUCAAGAAACACCAAACAUACCAACAUCCAGACACCAAAUGGGAAUGGACAAUCUACCCAAGCAGAGCUGAGACCAUGCUAAAUGUCUGUGUACAGAAUGUAUAUCGACAAUGACCGAUUAUUUGUUAAAGUAUUUUCCUUAGUCUUAAGUUGGAAUAAAUAUUUUUAAAUUUAACAACUCAAAUAAUUGUGUUCAUUGAUUUAAUUAGUAAUUACUAUUAAAUUUCCAAUUAUAUUAUUAUGUAUUCGUAUUAAACUACAUGAUUGAAUUUAAACUACAAUUUUUUUAUUUUAAUGAUUUUUCUUUUGUAUAUAUUGUACCUAGAGGUGUUUGAAUACUAGUAUUUUUAAAUCAAAUCAUAUCGUAGUUACUAGUUACUAAUACAUAAAAUAACGAUGUAGCAUAUGUAUAAGACUAAUUUCAGUAGUAAAAUCGAAUCCAAAUAGUGAAAAUCAACUCAAGUAGUAUUUUAUGAAUAAAAAUUAUAAUUAUAAUAAAAAUCAGAAUGAUUGGUUUCUUUUUCUUACUAAAAUGUAAAAAUAUUAAUUUUUUUUUAUCGCCAUGAAAUUCAGAUUUUAUUUGAAUAAUUGAAAUUUAAUUGUAAAGCUGUAUUCUGACAAUUUUAUGUUAAUAUACAUACUAUAAAUUAUAUAU